CUCCCCCCUAAACACAGGUGGUACCAAUUGGCAGUCUCCACUAAAGUCAAUGGCUGUACCAGCUGAAGAUCUAGCCCAAUGAGCCACUCAGUCCUGUCCGAGUUGGAUUCAAAGUCCUGGGCUAUAAAGCCCCUUGCUAGGUGAUUUACCAGAACGAAAAAGGGAUUGAUUGGUUAUUGUGAAGGAAGUACAUGACAGAGGCAUGAAGUCGUACUAGUCCUCGAGGAACCAGAUUUACCUUUUUGGUGACUUGACUUUCUUUAAGUUUUGUUAACCUACAGAAAUGGUCUGCACAGAAUACAGAACACAGAAUACAGACACCACAAAAUGAAUGAAAAAAACACUUCAGAGUUAAUGUUGCUUCAAGUGUGUUCUAGGGCAAUGGCCUCCAAAACCCCAGUUGGAUUCAUUGGGCUGGGUAACAUGGGAAAUCCAAUGGCAAAAAACCUGGUAAAACACGGAUAUCCUGUUGUUGCGUAUGAUGUAUUCCCAGAAGCUUGCAAAGAAUUUCAAGACUCGGGGGCACAGGUAAUGGAUUCCCCAGCAGAUGUAGCAGAAAGAGCAGACAGGAUUAUUACUAUGCUACCCUCCAGCCCCAAUGCCGUAGAAGUUUACACAGGAGCAAAUGGAAUUCUAAAGAAAGUGAAGAAAGGUUCAUUGUUAAUAGACUCCAGUACUAUUGACCCUGCCGUUUCAAAAGAACUAGCUAAAGCAGUUGAAAAAAUGGGAGCUGUUUUCAUGGAUGCCCCUGUUUCUGGUGGUGUUGGAGCUGCUCGAGCUGGGAACCUUACGUUCAUGGUUGGUGGAGUGGAACAAGAGUUUGAUGCUGCCAAAGAACUGCUGACAUGCAUGGGUUCCAAUGUGAUCUACUGUGGAGAGGUUGGAACUGGACAGGCUGCAAAGAUCUGCAACAACAUGCUCUUAGCUAUCAGUAUGAUUGGAACUGCUGAGGCUAUGAAUCUUGGAAUCAGGUUAGGGCUUGACCCCAAACUGCUGGCUAAAAUCCUAAAUAUGAGUUCGGGCCGUUGUUGGUCAAGCGACACUUACAACCCUGUUCCAGGAGUAAUGGAAGGAGUACCCUCUGCUAAUAAUUACCAAGGUGGCUUUGGAACAACGCUCAUGGCUAAGGAUCUUGGCUUGGCACAGAUUACUGCUACCAACACUAAAACACCUGUUCCUUUGGGAUCUCUAGCACAUCAGAUCUACAGGAUGAUGUGUGCAAAGGGCUAUGCCUUGAAAGACUUCUCAGCUGUGUUCCAGUUUUUACGUGAGGAGGAGAACUUGUGAGCUGUUAUUUUGGCAAUGGACACUAUUAGAAACCAAACACUUUUUUUGGAACCUCCGUGUAGCUCAUUUGAGAAGUGACCUUUGAGUAAACCCAUAUACAAGUCAUGAACCGACACCGACCUGUCUGCUUUUGGUUGUCUAGGUCUCCGCAAACUCCAGGAUUUUUCAUCAAUUCUUUAAAAAGCAGGCUGGGAGAGGGGUUGUUUAUUUGGUCAAAUAAAAAAUACACUGACUGUUUAAGAACCAUAAUAGCAUAUUCACAAAAUCCAGUUGAUAAGUACUUUUUUUUUUAACUAAGUACCCAAUGAUUUGCAUACAAAACAACUGACAUUAUGGCUCUAAAUUGUGCAAACUAAAUUGAAUCUUCAAUAGUAAUAACAUAGGGUGACAAACCAGCUUUCAUUAACUUUUACUAAAGAUAAAGCCUUCAUGGAAAAAGGGAAGGUCCUUAUAAUGAAGAAA